AUGGAAGAACACGAAGACUCUCAAUACUGUUUUCAAGAAAGAAACUCUUCUUGCAGAAAGACUUCAAUAUCAACAUCUAUUUAUAUAGCACUUUACAUCUCGUUCUCACUGAUUUCAGCGGUUACAGUAUUUUUAAACCUAUUGGUGAUCAUCUCCAUCUCUCUCUUCAAGCAGCUCCACACUCCAACCAACCUGCUCAUCCUCUCUCUGGCUGUGUCAGAUCUCCUGGUGGGUCUCAUUGUGAUACCAUCAAUGACUGUAGCGAUAAUGGAACCAUGCUGGAUACUUGGGAACUAUUUCUGUACGUUGCUUCUCUAUACAACUUUUUUAUGUGAAUCUUCAUCUCUUGGUAAUUUGGUGUUGAUUUCUAUUGACCGUUAUGUUGCUGUGUGUGAUCCUUUGAUGUAUCACUUAAAAAUAACAACAAAAAGAAUUAAUUGUUCAUCAAUUAUCCUCAGUUUCUUGCCACUUAUUAAUUCUUUCAUUAAUCCAAUUAUUUAUGCUUUCUUCUAUCCAUGGUUCAAAAUGACAGCUAAACAUAUUUUAAAUCUUAAGUUCAGUACUCUGACUUUACUCAUCUAA